AUGGAAGACCAAACGGAAAAGCUUCACGUGGAACACGAGGAGAAGAUCGACUCCGACUACGGCAAAUCUAAUGCCGACAUCACUCUCGGCACGAGAGGUGUCUGGGAGGGGACACUCGCAGAAGCCCAGGCCGCCAAUGCCCACGAACACUCCCUGACCGUACGCCAAGCUCUCAAGUCGUACCCAUGGGCAGUCAUGUGGGCGUUCACCAUCUCCAUGUCCAUCAUCAUGGAGGGCUACGACACAAUCCUCAUCGGGUCGCUGUACGCAUAUCCUAGCUAUGCCCGCGAGUUUGGCACCGUCGAUGAGAGCACUGGUCUGUAUCAAAUCCCCGCAGCGUGGCAGAGUGCCAUGGGAAGUGGGCCACAGGCCGGUGCCAUCAUUGGCGCUCUGGUCAACGGCUUCGUGAUUGCGCGUUUUGGUUACCGACCGGCUUUCAUCAGUGGCUUGACACUGAUGGCCGCGUUUGUUUUCGUCUCUUUCUUUGGCUUCUCGGUCCGGCUCCAGGCCGUGGGACAGAUCUUAUGCGGUAUCCCUUGGGGUAUCUUUGCCACGAUUGGUCCCGCGUACGCAUCCGAGUUUAUCGGGGCUGGCGUUCUCCAGAGCUUUAUCAACCGGCGAGACGACUGGGCGUGGCGUAUCCCAUUCGCCCUGCAAUGGCUGUGGAUCCCUCUCCUAGCCGUCGCAGCUUUCUUUAUGCCCGAGUCUCCGUGGUACCUCGUCCGACAGGGAAAGUACGCCGAGGCCGAAAAGAGUGUGCUCCGUUUGAUGGCGGAUCAUGAAAAGCCCCAAGCGAGAUCCCUGGUAGCGCUGAUGAUUCACACCAACGACCUCGAGCGUGACAUCUCCGCUGGCACAUCAUACUUGGACUGCUUCAAGUCUACGGACCUACGGCGAACGGAGAUUGCUUGCGUCGCCUUCCUCGGCCAGAUCACCUGCGGCGCCCAAUUCGCCUACUCCGCUACAUACUUCUUCCAGCAAGCCGGUCUGAGCUCCAACGACUCUUACAAAUUGAACCUCGGAGGUACUGGUAUCGCUUUCGUCGGUACCAUUGCUUCGUGGUUCCUGAUGAAGCGUUUCGGCCGUCGAACGCUUUAUCUGACUGGCAUGGGCGGCAUGUGCCUUUGGUUGUUCAUCAUCGGCGGCCUGGCUAUUGACACGAUCAAUCAAUCUGUCAAAUGGGUUCAGUCGGCGCUCUGCAUUAUCUGGCUGUUGACAUUCUCCCUUACGGUUGGACCAGUUGGCUGGGCCAUCCCCGCCGAGAUGUCAUCUACCCGUCUGCGAUCCAAGACUAUUGUGCUUGCCCGAAACACCUACUAUCUCGGACAAAUCGUCGCCAACGUCAUCCAGCCCUACAUGAUGAAUCCCGAGGCGUGGGAUUGGAAAGGAAAAACUGGUUUCUUCUGGUUCGGGUUUGGAUUUCUCACACUGGUUUGGGCUUUCUUCCGCCUGCCCGAAACGAAGGGCCGAAGCUACGAGGAACUCGAUCUCAUGUUUGAAGCCAGACUCGCCACCAGGAAGUUCAAGAAGUACCAUGUGGAUGCGUAUGACAGCAACAGGGAGAAUCGUGUGCAAGAAGUCUGA